AUUAAUUCUUAAUUACGUACAGAAAAGAGUAACCAUUUCUUAGCCAAAUCUCCCUUCGAUAUUGGACUCUAUUUAAACACUCAAAACUCCUACGCACCUUAACAUACACAAAAACAAAAACAAGAACAACAAUAAGAACAAGAACACCCUUCUUCCUCUCUUUCUCAUCAAAUCUAUAGCAAUGGCCACCGGAGUUCCCCCAACCACUUCCCUUAAUAACACCACCACAAUUCACACAAAGAAACGCCCGGGAGACAAUGACAAUUAUGCCCCUACGAUCAUCACCAAGAAGCCGACGAUGUCGGCUUCCGAGGACCCCGUGGCAGCGCUAGCAAGCGCACGGCACGAGUUCGGUGAGCACGGAGGGGUAAACAUGUCAAUAGAGGCAUCCGCCACCUUUACGGUGAUGGAGCCUGAAACUAUGCGGCGGCUGUUUAACGGGGAACUAGGCCCCGAUAGAGACUUUUAUAUAUACAGCCGCCACUUUAACCCUACUGUCCUUAACCUCGGCCGCCUCAUGGCGGCCUUGGAAGGGACAGAAGCCGCAUACUGCACGGCUAGCGGUAUGUCCGCUAUCUCAUCCGUGCUCCUCCAGCUCGUAGGAGCUGGAGGACACAUCGUAGCGUCACAGACGCUAUAUGGUGGGACUCACGCCCUACUUACUCACUUCCUCCCCCGCGCAUGCGGCAUCACUACGUCGUUUGUAGACAUAUGUGAUCACGCCGCCAUAAAGGCGGCGAUCGUGCAGGGGAGGACUAAGGUGGUUUACUUCGAAUCGGUGUCGAACCCGACUCUUACGGUGGCGGAUAUACCUGAGGUGUGUAGGAUUGCGCAUGAUAUGGGGGUGGUUGUUGUUGUGGAUAAUACUUUUGCGCCGGUUGUUAUAUCGCCGGCACGGCUUGGUGCGGAUGUGGUGGUGCAUAGCAUAUCCAAGUAUAUUAGUGGUGGGGCCGAUGUCAUUGCAGGUGCUAUCUGUGGGCCUGCAAGCUUAGUGAACUCAAUGAUGGACUUACACCAAGGAUCUCUAAUGCUACUUGGCCCAACAAUGAAUGCGAAAGUGGCAUUUGAACUCUCAGAAAGAAUUCCUCAUUUAGGGCUGAGAAUGAAAGAGCAUUGUGGACGGGCCUUGGAGUUUGCCAAAAGGAUGAAGAAAUUGGGCCUGAAAGUCAUAUAUCCUGGGCUAGAAGACCAUCCACAACACGAGCUAUUGAAGUCCAUAGGCAACCAACAGUAUGGGUUCGGUGGAAUCCUUUGCGUGGACAUGGAGACUGAAGAGCGGGCCAACAGGCUGAUGUACCAACUCCAAAACUGCACCCAAUUUGGGUUCAUGGCAGUAAGUUUGGGCUACUAUGAGACCCUCAUGUCGUGCUCCGGUAGCAGCACGAGCAGCGAGAUGAGCGAGGAGGAAAAGACUCGAGCCGGAAUCUCUCCGGGCCUUGUUAGGAUGUCCAUUGGGUAUAGUGGCACACUCGAACAGAGGUGGGCUCAAUUUGAGAAGGCUUUGGCUAGAUUGGAGGAUAUCAAAUUUAAUGUUAACCACCUAUGAACCAAAAGAAACAGUCUUAUUGCAUAUUGUAAGCUCUACCUUAUGGAAAACUGUCAUUAAUAUGAUGUUGUGAAUUUGCUUUUAUAAGUAUAUAGAAUUCAACUGUGACAAUGUCAUCACUA